AUGGCUUCAUCAUUCGGGAUCGGAAACGCCUUCAAGUCAUUCUGGCAUACUAUGACCAGCUAUGACCGACAUUCAACCACCGAAUCCCCAUACCGAAGUGGUCGCCAUGUGCCUCUCAACCAGGGAGGGCGAAUGGGCCUCACAUCCAUCGCUACUGCGUCAGAAUCCCGCGCCGACAUUACUUCACCCUACACCGAUGAGCAGAGGCGGCUUUCCACUGCCGGGGCGAAUGAUACAUCCUACCAAGGCGCAAUGCCAUCACCUGCGCUUAUGAGUCCCGGACCCGGUCGCCCUUACUCCCCAGGUCUUCGAUCCGAGAACGCGCGGCGCCACAGCCAGACAGAUGGAUUCGAGACGCAGAGUCCUGCCGGCGAAAUCCCUAUGCAGUCUUUCGAAGACGGUCUUCCCCCACCCCCUCCAGUGGAGCAUUCCUGGUCCAGGAUCGAUCAAUGGGCAGAAGAAAAUUACCCGGAAUUGUUUGACCAGAUUUGCGAGGGUUGCACUACCAACGACAUCAAUGAACUCGAGCACCAGCUUGAUUGCUCCCUCCCUCAGGACGUUCGCGAGUCGCUGCAGAUUCACGAUGGACAGGAACGCGGUGGCAUACCAACUGGCAUCAUCUUUAGUUCCAUGUUGCUCGACUGCGAGGAAAUGGUGCAGGAAUGGGACAACUGGAGGAAGGUCAACCAGGAAUUUCUACUGGAGACGGCAGUUGCCAAACCGGCCGCGCCCUCCAAAGCCCUCGGCGGCAGCAGCAGCGAAGCAUCAUCUUCCAGGGCCGCUGGAAGUGCCUCUCCCUCGUCUCGAAAUGCGAUGUGGCGGGAGAACUUGCUGGCCCGCCAGGACUGUGUUCCCCCCAAUGCUGUGAGGAAGGCUUAUGCACACCCUGCCUGGAUCCCUCUUGUCCGCGACUGGGGAGGAAACAACCUCGCCGUCGACCUGGCCCCCGGACCUGCUGGUCGAUGGGGCCAGAUCAUCCUCUUUGGCCGCGAUUACGACACAAAGUAUGUGGUGGCCAAGUCGUGGGCUGCCUUCCUGGGCGUCGUGGCCGAUGACCUGAACAGCGGCAAGUGGUUCAUUGACGAAGACACCAAUGAGCUGAAAUUGCGCGAGUUCAAGACCACUCGCGUCGAGCCGUCAUACUUUGAUAUUCUGAGGUGGAGACUGGACCAGAAGUAUGGACGUCGUGUCAACAAGCGUAAAUCGGUGGUUCCUGGCCCUGGCUCGCCGACUACACCUGGAUCCCCCUACGCCAGCCCGACUGAACCCAGCGCAGAGCCCCGCGGCCGACCUCUGCAGCGCCUCAGUGCAAGCAGCCCCCUCGCCAGCCCCAAUCGACCUGGCUAUGGGAAACCGAGUCCUCUAGCCCGCGUCAACGAGGAGGCAUCGCUUCCCGAGCUUGAGAUUCCAACUGGCAAGGCCCGCGAGAAGCUGGUCGACUUGGACACGCCAAGAGCUAGCGGCGACGGCAGCUUCACACCAAGGCUCAACGCACUUGCGAAUGGCACUGCCAACACGAAUGGCGAAAAUCACUCGGAUGAGCCUGAUGUGCCCACCACCAAGGCAAUUGCCAAAGAGCCAGAGGCCAAGGAGGAUGCAAUGAAGACGAUCGAGAUAUAG